UACCGGCGUGAGAAAAUUACAAACACAAACAAAAUAUUAAAACACAUUUGGACUCGUUUUUGUAGAAUUGCCAAAAAUUGUGGCAAGGCGACUUGCCCAAAGAUUGCAUCAUAAAAAUCCGAGAGUUGUGCGGGCGCACGAUUCAGUUGGAUAUCAUCGGCGACAGCCAACGGUUCAGUGUGACGUCAACGGUAACGGACUGUUUGUGAUUUAGACAUUAAACAUGGGCAAGACGCCGGCAAUUGGUAUCGAUCUGGGCACCACCUACUCCUGCGUGGGUGUUUGGCAGAACAAUAAAGUUGAGAUUAUUGCCAAUGAUCAAGGCAAUCGGACGACGCCCUCGUAUGUGGCCUUUAACGACACAGAGCGCCUAAUUGGCGAUGCAGCUAAAAAUCAGGUGGCAAUGAACGCCAAGAAUACAGUAUUCGAUGCGAAACGUUUAAUUGGACGCAAAUUCGAUGAUAAGAAGAUACAGGAGGACUUGAAGCAUUGGCCAUUCAAGGUCAUCAACGACGGGGGCAAGCCUAAAAUUGAAGUCGAAUUUAAGGGCGAACGCAAGCGUUUUGCACCCGAAGAGAUCAGCUCCAUGGUGUUGACGAAGAUGCGGGAAACUGCCGAGGUCUAUCUGGGCUCCAAGGUAAAGGAUGCUGUCAUUACGGUGCCGGCGUACUUCAACGAUUCCCAGCGCCAAGCGACUAAAGAUGCUGGCUCCAUAGCCGGUUUGAAUGUGCUGCGCAUCAUCAAUGAGCCGACGGCGGCUGCCCUCGCCUAUGGCCUGGACAAAAAUCUGAAGGGAGAGCGAAAUGUGCUGAUCUUCGAUUUGGGCGGCGGCACCUUUGACGUCUCCAUACUCUCCAUCGACGAGGGAUCGCUGUUCGAAGUGAAGGCUACGGCAGGUGAUACGCAUCUGGGCGGCGAGGAUUUCGACAAUCGGCUGGUCAAUCACUUCGUGGAGGAGUUCAAGCGCAAGCACAAGACCAACAUCACCGGGAAUGUGCGAGCUCUGCGUCGCCUGCGCACGGCCUGUGARCGGGCCAAGCGUACGCUCUCCUCCAGCACCGAAGCCUCGCUGGAGAUUGACGCGCUGCACGAGGGCAUUGAUUUCUACUCAAAGAUAUCGCGUGCUCGCUUCGAGGAGCUCAACAUGGAUCUCUUCCGCUCCACCAUAGACCCAGUGCAGCGCGCUCUGAGCGAUGCCAAAAUGGACAAGAAGGCCAUACACGAUGUCGUCCUAGUCGGUGGCUCCACACGUAUACCGAAGAUCCAGCGCCUGCUGCAGGACUUCUUUGGCGGCAAGCAGCUCAACUUGUCCAUCAAUCCCGACGAGGCGGUAGCCUACGGUGCUGCCGUUCAAGCGGCCAUACUCACCGGUGUGGGCAGCUCCCAGAUACAGGAUCUGUUGCUGGUGGACGUGACACCUCUGUCGCUGGGCAUUGAGACUGCUGGCGGUGUGAUGACCAAGCUGGUGGAGCGCAAUGCACGCAUUCCCUGCAAGCAGCAGCAGACCUUUACCACCUACAGCGACAACCAGAAUGCGGUCACCAUUCAGGUGUUCGAGGGCGAGCGGGCCAUGACCAAGGACAAUAAUCUGCUGGGCACCUUCAAUCUGGCGGGCAUUCCACCAGCGCCACGUGGAGUGCCCAAAAUCGAUGUGACCUUCGACCUGAAUGCCGAUGGCAUCCUAAAUGUCAGCGCCAAGGACAGCAGCACUGGCAAACUGGAGAAGAUAACCAUCACCAAUGACAAGGGCCGCCUGUCCAAGGCCGAGAUCGAUCGCAUGCUCUCCGAGGCGGAGAAGUACAAGGACGAAGACAAUCGUCAGCGCGAACGGGUCUCAUCUCGCAACUCCCUCGAGGGCUACAUCUAUGGCUGCAAACAGGCCGUGGAUGAGGCACCACCGGGUGUUCUCACCGAGGCCGACAAGUCCAAGGUGCGCGACAAGUGCAACAAGGAGAGCGCCUGGCUGGACAAGAAUACACUGGCCGAAAAGGAGGAGUACGAGCACCAUCUGAAGGACUGCCAAGGCGUCUGCAAUCCCAUCAUGUCCAAGAUGCAUGCCGGCGGAAAGGCACCCAGUGGCAAGUCAAGUGCUGGCACCGCCAACAGUGGACCCACCGUCGAGGAGGUGGACUAAUCUGGACUGACCAAGCGAACAAUUCAAUUGAAUAUGUAUUUGAAAUUUAUGCUAAUAAAAGAGUUCAUUCAAGUCA